AAAAAAAUAGUCACCCAAAAUGUCGAUCCUUGCCCCAGUAGUGCGGCUCCUCUUCGGCGAGGUAAUUCUUUGGGCCAAGCGACAGGCGGCAGGCAGUAUGGCUCGAGCCGUCAUCCAACUCGCCGCGAUCGCAACAUGUGUCGUCUUAUCUCUUUCUGCCGAAGAUCGCCAAGCACGAUCUGGCGAUCUAGACCGCGGGCCCCCCAGUAUAAAAGAUUUAUCCUUCGAAAGAAACGUACAAUCGCCUACGAUUUUUCCUGUUAACGUUGACAAUCAAUAUAGUUUAGUGAAUUGUGGUGAAAGAGCAUUGGCUUGGAUAAAUAAUUUAAGAUAUAUACUUCCAUUUCACAAGAAUGAAGAAACCCGUCAACAAGAACUAAGUGAGGAAAGCAAUGCCUUAAGGAGAUAUUUAGAACUGAGCACAGAGUUCUUUUUGGUACCUUCAACAACCAGCACUACUCCGAAAUCUAUCGGUCCUUCUAUAGUCAACACUAAAACUAUCAAAAGCGUUUAUAAAGAAUCAGAAAAACUCGCUGGAGUAUUUCGUAAUGAGGUGUGGGUAUUGCCCGUAUUAGCGCUUUCCGCCAUAACAAUGUUUUUAAUCGGAGGGUUUGAAAUUUUUGUGUUAUGCAAAGCACGAAGAACUACUCCAAACAGAAGACAUUUAUUUCUAGGACAAAUGUUACUUUUAGGUUUAUUUUCUAGUGCUGCAUUGGCUUUAGUGUUUACAAUAUCGCCGUCACAAUUUAGCUGUGCUUUAAUGCGCUUUGGUACAGGAGUAUCAUAUACAAUAAUUUUUGCUUCCUUACUAGUUAAGUGUGUCUUUCUAAUAAGCCUUAAUGGGGGUGUUUACUUACCAGCACCCUAUCAGGGACUUUUACUUUUAUUUGCGAUACUUAUCCAAGUGGCCAUAGGGGUGCAAUGGCUCGUGACUAGCCCUCCUUCAAUAGAAAGUAUUACUAUAGAACAAAUAGUUCAUCAAAAUAGAAAUCGAUUGCUAGUAACUGCUGCAGAUAUUUCGAGUACCCAAGUAAUUCCUUUAUGUAGCACCCCUUAUUCUGAUAUGUUACUGUCAUUAAUCUAUGUAUUGUUUUUAAUAGUUUUUGUGACAGUACUAGCAGUUAAAUCACGAAGGAUCAGAGACAAUUAUCGGGAAGCAACUUAUAUUGGAUUAAGUGUGGGUUGCAGCAUUCCUACUUGGCUAAUUUGGAUUGUUAGUGGACUAUUUGUGCCCGAAACACAUCGGGACGCAUGUAUAGCGUUCGGGCUAGUUAUUACGUCAGUCAUGGUAUUUUUAAUUAUGUUCAUGCCUAAGGGAAGGCAACUAGCAGCUAUGGGGAAAGAAGGAGUUUACAUUGAAGAUCGGGAGGAGAGGUUCAGCUCUUUAAGUAGAGCUGGUUCGGGAUACUCUCCCUCAUUUUUUCAUUUUAAACCUGUGAAAUAUGAAUCCAAUCAAGGAACUAAACCGCCAACUAUAGCUACAGUACGAGCUGGAGAUUUGACAACAAGGCCAGCGCCUCCCAGUUAUACCAGACUAUUCCAGUACCCGCCCGGAUACUAUUCCACGCGGUACCUACCAGGCGGAUUAUAUCUAAGACCAGAUGAUGGAAAUCUAUAUACGACCCUUGAGCCGACAUUGAGUAGCAACCCAAAUGUCUACUUUCAAAGAGGAAACGGUCUGCAUCCUGGCAUGAUGUACUGAAUUUCCAAUCGGAGUUUACCCAGAAGUCUAUAAUAUAUUGCAAAAGUUCGCCUCUUCUGGCGUAACAAUGAAUGCAGUAGUUAUUUAGUGUGAGCUUUGAUCGAAAUUCAUUAGAACGUUUUACAAGGAAAAAUUAAGUUUUAUUGUUUCUUUUGUAAAAGUUUUUGGUGCUUUUAUAAGUGUUCUCUUAAAGUUUAUAGAAAUGGUAUUAUUUUAUAGUUCUUUUUUCCUUUGAUAAAUAAAAUAUUUAAAUAAGUUAUACCCAUAAUACAUAAAAGAAAUAACAUUCAUAGAGCAAAACGAAUUUCCAUUUAAUGUGAAUCGCGAAAAUUCCCUUUUUCGCGAUUCACAUUAAAUGGAUUAAAAUGGAAUAUUCUAAAGGGUGUAGAUUAUAUUUAUAUUAAGACUAAAUGUUUUUUCUUAAAAUAUAUGUAUGUACAUAGUCUAACCCAUUGAGGUCAUUGACCUCCAGAGCUCAUUUUUAAAAAUAUUAAUAAAAAAACAAAGUACUUACUUUUGGUUUUAUGGAACGAAAUUACAAUUUUUAUUUAUGCUCUUUUGGAAUAGAUUAAGAUUUAAAAAGUCACAUAUUUUGUAUAGAAAAAAAUUUUAAAAAACUAAUAACUUAACAAAAUCUGUACAUAUAAGUUUUAAGCAUUUUUUAUAGAGUCUUGAUCUGAUAGCAUUAGAUUUGAUUAGUAAUUGUAUUUUUACAAUUAUAACGAUAUUUUUAUCGUUAUAAUGCUGUUCUGUAUUAAGUUAAGAAUAUUUGAUACUGUUUAAAAUAUCUAAUUUUUUUCAAUUUGUCGCAAAAUAAUCCUCCUUGAUAAUUUUCCAAAUAAAAAAUUAAACGUUCCAUGUUAUUGAUGUCUCAGCAAAAGGUUUCUUUGGAUAUUGGUGCUGACGAAAUUAGAGCUGUUUUCUCGCUAUCCAAUUUUAAGAUCUGCAAUAAAUCUGUCUACUAAAGUUUAAAUAAAACACAUAGCGCAUAAUCUUAGUUUAGUUUAGUUUAAUUGGAUUUUGUGCAGAAUUUACGUUUCCUAACGCCUGUUAAUCUAAUAUAGUUUAAGACAUGUUAAGCAAAUUCAGCCCUCUUAGCCAGAGUAUGAACGGGCCCACUAACCUCUAAACCUGUAUAAGAAAUGUAAACUUGACAUCAUAGUUAAUGCUUGGAUGACUUUUAAUUGGAUAGAUCGAUUAUUUAGGAUUUGUGAAGGUAAAUAUUAUCGAAGCAGAAUCUGCUCGAGCCUUCAGUAGAAAAAGCGACUUAGUUGCUUCCUACCAGAAACAAGCUUUUUGCAGGUCAAUCCCUGCACUGAUAUUAAUUAUUAAUUUUAACAGAUAGGAAGAAAAUCAUUGUAACUCAUACGAUAUCCUAUUUACAUAAAUUUCGCGUGUUAACGAACCUCAUCCUAAUCCUUCCUAUCUUCCUUUAAAUUUUUUUACGAAUUGUGAGGACACAGGAAUCUUCCUAAUAAGAAGUCGUAUAGUCCACACUCCAUGGUUUUAUUAAUAAUAAUUAUUAUUCUGUGAAAAUAUUUUUUCUCAUAUAAAAUCAUCUUUUAGUUAUUCCUCUAAGCUCCAAUUAUUUAUUGAAAUUUUUAUAAUAUAUUUUAAUUCUGCAUAUUAUGUUAGAGUAAAAAAAGGAUACAAGUUUUUGACUAUAAACAAUUCCCUAUUUUGCUUCUUAUGAUGCUUUAUUAAUGCAAUUAUUAAUAUUUUUCCAAAAAAUAGCUUGUCUUAAGGUCUUCAAAAAAUGUUAAUAUUAAAUAACUCAUUCAGUGUCAUGUAAAAAUAUUUUAAUUUUUUUAUUUUUUUUUAUUAUAUUCGAACAAAGCAAUUAAUUUUUUAUAGAGCAAAGAUCUCGUACCAUUAAAAAAUAUAUAUGUGGCCCCUGUUGUUUUAAACAUAUAGUUUUAUAUUGAUUUAUUUACUAAGUAAAACAAAUUUUAAAUUUAAACUUUACAUUUAACUGUGCAAUAUUUGAACUACAUCGUAUUUAUAGCAGUAUAAGAACUAUUAUAAGUGACAAUGAAAG